AUGAAAGAAUACACUGAAGAAUCACCACAAAUAGAACCUGUGUUGUCUGUACAAGAUUCAUUAUCUUGGUAUUGGAUCAUUAUAAUAUUCUUAUUAUCAAUUUUAUACCUUUAUAUUGCUAUUAAGGAAUAUCCAAAAUGGAGAAUAUUACGAGAGAAUUACUUUACCAAAGUCAAAAAAAAUUCUUCCUCAGACGCUAAAACCGAUUCUGCAGAACAACAACAAAAUAAAAAUCCUUUACUUUAUAUUCCAUUUAUUCCUUUCGCGGCUAUAUAUUUGUUCUUAAGAUUAACCUGGGACUUGUUUAGAUUAUUCGUAUUUUAUUCAUUAGAUUCAAUUGAAACAGGAUUGAUCAAAUUGUGGCAUCUUACAAGAUGGAGUAUUAAAAUGAUACCAAAAAUUUGCGUAGCGAUACCACCAUUAUGGGAUACCUAUAUUCAAGGACCAAUAAUUGUGAUAUUAGAUUGGAUAUACUCAGACGUGUGGCCAAUUUUUAAAUCCAUGAUGAUUACAACGUGGGAUAUUGGCAUGAUAAUAUGUAUACAAGGACAAAAAUUUCUGAUUCAUUCAUGGAAUUUUUCCGUGAAAUAUUCGAAAAUCGGAUGGAAUGAAAUAAUAUUUCCAUUAUUGGUAUUCAUGUCAUGGAUUAUAACGAAUUUUAUUGUUGAACCUGGAAAAUGGGUCGUAUCAAAAGCCAUUUACUUGGGAAAGAUAACAUGGUAUUGUGCUUGUGCCCUUGCUAAAGAUUUAGCAAAAGAUUUUAGGGAUCUAUUAUGCUUUGGAUGGAAAAUUUCAGAGAUCAUAUAUAAUAACGCAUUAAAACCUACCGGAGAAUUUAUUCAAUUUUCAUCAAUCAAAUUUUAUGAAAAAUGCGAAUAUUAUUUUCCUAUAUUUCAAAAAAUUUUAUAUAAUAGAUUUGUAUUAGCGGCCACAAGUGAAACAAGUUAUUUAGUAUAUGUGAUAUGUGGAGAUCCAUUAUUUCGUAGUUUUGCGGAAUUCAUUUAUUCUAUUAUACAAUCUCCUACCCUUUAUAAUUUCAUCAAUAAACAUCUUCAAUUACUUACACCAAUAUUGAUAAGUCGUAUAAGGCAAAGUGGGUUGGAAUUAGCGGAAUACUCAUUUAUCUCAACGAUGGAUGCGAUUAGAUCAGCAUAUCAUACUUAUCAUACUACUCUCUUACCAAUAAUCAUUGGUAUCCCUAAAUUUUAUAACGAGGCUAAACUCGCUUGUAAUAAAUUUUAUAGAAAUAUUAAAGAAAAGGUGUUACAAAUAUUAGGAUCGUUAUGGACCAUAUUUGCUCCUUUAUUACGUCCUGUAAUAUUAGCGUUAAGUUUCUUUUAUACCACAGUUAUUUUAGUCAUACUUUUAACAACAUUAAGGAUGAGUAAAUGGGCGGUAUCAAUGUCAAUCAUAGCCUUUAGCGAAGCGUUCGUCUUAGUUAAAAAAGUGUUAUCAAUACUACAUUCUAAACUAGAAUCGAUUUAUAAUGUUCUUUCACCUCAUAUCUCUUCAAUGCUACAGGUGGCAAAGGGUAUGAUGUAUGAAUUAUUCAUGGAGAUUAAUGAUUUAAUGUCAAAGUACUUUCCUUCAUUUAUAAAUUCUUUCAAGGUAUUUGCGUUAAGGCAGCUGCAAUUACUAAAAGAUUAUACUAGAGUUAGUUAUGAAAAAUAUGAACCUGUUGUUUUAGAAUUGAAAGAGCGUGUUAGGGUGGCUGCCGAUGAAGCUGUUAUUGGUAUUGGUCAAGCUAUGAUAAAUUGGGUUAAAAAUGAAAGGGCAUUAAAAGAUGGAAUAUCACUUCAAGAAUAA